AUGAAGACCAUAUUGCAACAGAUAAUCCAAGGACAAGCUAAUAGUGCCUUAGAGUUGAACAAGAGGAUGGUUGAGAUUCACAAUAAGGUUGAUUGCUCAUACAAUGAUCUAAACAACAAGUUUGAGUCUCUAACUACCAAAGUGCUUACCUUGGAAGCUAAAGUUGGUGGUUCUUCAUCAUCAAGUACAAAGGAGUAUUGUCAUGCAGUUUUCUCUACUAAAGAUGGUGUGGCUGAGACUGAAGAGAAUGAGAGAGCUAUAGAAGAACUUUACAGGCUCCUUCAUGGUACAAGUGUUGAGAUUUCAGUGAAUGAAGAGACUUCUCAAGCUGAAAAACGAAAUGCCAAGGAGGAAGCCUCAAAGAUUGUUGCAAGAGAAGAAACCAUCAAGGUUGAGCCUCCUCUUUACAAACCAGAGUUUCCAUUUCCUGAGAGAGUUCUCACUAAAGCUCAAAAGAAGGUAGUCUCCACAUUCAGGAAUGAUAUGAGCAAUAUUGGUGUUCAUCUACCAAACAUAGGCAAUAUGCAAGAAGCUCACCUCCAAAUAGAGCUGAUUAAGAUGUUCUUGUGA